GAUGCGCUCCGUUCAGUUGCUCGCUCGCAUUCGUUGGGUUCGCAGUGAGAAAACAAGAAACGAAAUCUCCGCCCGCUGUCCGAUAGUGAUUCGUCGGAAGGAAUCAGAACAGAGAAUCAGAAUAAUAACAACACUUCGAACUGAAAAAUUUCACUGUUGUUCAACUUGCCCCGUAAAAAAAGGAAAUUUAAACUUGACGACAAGAAGAGUUUUCCUUUCAUCGAGAUUGAAGUGAACAAAGGGGAAGAAAAAUUCUGUGCGAAGGUGUAAAGUGAGUUUUUAUUUGACACAAUUUAGCACGCUAUGAGCGAAAUUUUUGUGCACUUUCGGAAGAGCCAGUAUUAACGCUUCGAAAUAUUUGACCCGAAAAUUGAACGAUUUUCAAGAGUUUGUCUGAGACAAGAAAUAUUGUGUUGAUCGUUGCAAAAACAAACGUGAAGUGUAAAGAAGGCGAAGCAGAAAGCUACAGAACCAGUAAAACAAAAGGAUAUGAACGUCGUCCGGUGGGGAGAAAGAAUUUGAUAACAAGAAGCAGUUGCGAAGCUUCGCUUUCGGGGGAAAUCGAUUUGAGCCGUGCUUUCUCGCAAACCAUCUGUUUGAUCCUUUCCUGUGCAAAGCAACGAUACUUUGCAAGUGCGAGCAGCCUGUUCUGGUACGGGAAUUUGUACGGAAUCGGGAAUCUGGUGAAUGCUAGUGUCACUUCUGUGUUCUGCCACGCCUGGAUAACGGUGACGCUGCAAGCUCGCGGAGAGUUGUUUCUUUAUUUCAAUCGCGGAAUAACGAAGAAAAUGAUGUUAAAGUGUAAAAGUUGCGACGGAGCAUAGAGAGAAUAAAUACCAAUAGUGAUCUAAAUCGGUGCGAGUGUAAAGAAUUCGUGAAACUAGAGAAGCUUAUUGGAAGAAAGGAAAAAAACAAUAGAAGUGAUUCUAGAGAGAGAAUUAAAAAUAAAACAGAAAAAAAGCCAGAAGUGUUGUGAUUUGCGUUCGGUUUCAAGAUAGUGUCGGUGCGAAAGAGAAAAAUCUAGAAUUAUUUUACGUUAAGCUGAGAGUGUGUGGAGAGCAUAGAUGCUAGCGACAGCAAUGGAUAACAAAGAGAACGUUUUCAGUGCGGCUCGUGAUGGCAACUUGGUUAUUAUGAAGAGAUAUAUCAGCGGCCGACCACAGAGCGAAAUUGAGAUGCUGGUGACGGCGAAAACAGGCGGCGCCACUCCACUGCUGAUUGCCUGCCGGAACGGUCACUUCGACGUAGUGCAGUAUCUAAUCAAGCGAUGCCACGCAGACGUAGAACAGCCCGGAUCAGGUAAGUUGAUAUUUGACGGAGAGACGAUAGAGGGCGCUCCGCCGCUAUGGUGCGCCUCAGCUGCCGGCCACACCAGCAUAGUUAAGCUCCUAGUCCAGCACGGUGCCAAAGUGAACAGUACAACCAAGACCAACAGUACGCCACUGCGAGCGGCCUGUUUCGAUGGCCAUUACGAAAUCGUCAAAUACCUAGUAUCACAUGGUGCCGACAUCGAGGUAGCAAAUCGCCACGGCCACACCUGCCUCAUGAUCGCCUGCUACAAAGGUCACUAUAAAAUUGCGCAAUACCUACUCUCGCUCAAAGCGGACGUGAAUCGGCGCAGCGUGAAAGGCAACACUGCACUGCACGAUUGCGCCGAGUCCGGUUCGCUAGAAAUUCUCCAGCUGCUCCUCCAGCACGGUGCCACAAUGGAUGUAGAUUCUUACGGAAUGACACCCCUUCUGGCAGCAAGCGUCACCGGCCACUUACCUAUCGUAGAACAUCUUAUUAGUCUGCCAUUUGUGAAACGUGAAGACAGAAUGGCCGCCUUAGAGCUGCUCGGUGCCACCUAUGUUGACAAGAAACGUGAUAUGCUGGGUGCCCUUUCAUUCUGGAAACGAGCCAUGGAAGAUAGAUAUCACAACACACCAGUUUUGGCGAAGCCAGUACGUGAACCCGUCCCCGCCUACGACUACGCCCAGGAGGUGAAUGAGCCCAGCGCACUGGACGAGCUGGUGAUGGACCCUGACGAGAUGCGUAUGCAGGCGCUGCUCAUACGCGAACGGAUACUCGGGCCGGUCCAUCCGGACACCAGUUACUACAUUCGCUUCCGGGGUGCCGUCUACGCUGACUCAGGUCGAUUUGAUCGGUGCAUAGAAUUAUGGACGUACGCACUAUCCAUGCAGCAGAACAUACUGGAACCGCUGAACCCCAUGACGCAGUCUUCGCUACUUUCGUUUGCAGAAUUGUUUAGCUUCAUGCUUGGCGAAGCUGGUCGGCCAAUUACACGCGGCCGUAUCGUUCCCCCCAUCGAAACCUCCGAUAUGCUUAUCAUCUUCAAAAAGUCGGUCCGCGAAGUUCAGCUCGGCCAAAAGAUGCUAGAACAGAUGCCACACCAUGAACGGGACAGCACCGCGCUGAAUCGUGCCCUCGUUAUCUCGUUGCAUCUGGCCUGCUUGCUAGCACGGUUGCUUGACGAGGGGGAGGAGGUUUGUUGUAACAACAUGAAGCAUCAGAUCCUGCGCGCAUUCUACGAAUUAGUCAGUUUAAAGAUUGUAGCAAAAUCGGGCCGAACCGCACUGCACCUUGCCUGCUACAAGGAAGCCGCCCUCGUCGGACGCUACCCGGCCUGUCAACUGCCAUCGCCCCGCCUCGCCAAAGCACUGCUCCAGGUUGGUGCGGACCCGAACGCACAGGACGAAGCCGGCAACACACCUCUGCAUUUAGCCGCCCUCACGAGGCCCUGCCCGUCCAGCUUAGCACUGACACUGCUCGAGUACGGAGCGCAUUUGGACACCAAGAACCUGGACGGUGACACGUUCGAGACGCUGCUGCAGAACCAACGCCUGCACGAGCUCGUCAACCCGAUCCGCCACACCCGCCUGUCCUGCUUAGCCGCGCGCGUUAUCCAGCGCCACUCCAUUGAGUAUCACAAGCAGGUGCCCAAGUGUCUGUACGAGUUCAUCGAUUCCCACUAGGCGGCAAACGGGCAGGCCUGUUUCCGGCUUUUAUCAGUAGCAGAGUAGGCUAGGCGCAUAUGUAUAUUGUUGGCAUCCUUAUUUGUAGCUUCUAUCUCUUGGAUUCAGAUACAAAACGAUAAAAAAGAAAUGUUGAGCAUGUACUCUAAAGAGAUUUUUUUUGAAACAAGUAUAUGUUCAGUAAAAGUGCUGUCCGGGCUUUUUCGAAGGUUUUCACGUUAUUGUUUCUCACAUUCCCUGGGAAUGCUUAGAUCACCGUAUUGAUUAUGUUUGUUUCUACAAAACCAUCAGCUACCGAUUUGAGCGAGCAAUUCAAAACGGAUUAGAGUGAUGGGUUUUAGUCACAAUUGUUUUUAUUCAUCAAUGAACACAACGCUUAGCAAAAAUGGUUAAGUGUGAAUUGGGCGCUCUGAAGGUUUCAUUUCUUAACUAAUGAGACAGUUCAAUGUUUUCAGCCAAUUCACGGUAGCCAGCGGGAAUGACUGCUAAGUAGUACAACUGCGAGAGAAAAUCUACUACAAAUCAGAAUCCCCAGUGUGGAUCGGUAGUGAGGUAUGAUUUUUAUUCGAAAUUCGCGGCAAAUUUUAUUAGUUUGUGACAAGUUACUACUUCUUCGAUUUUUAGGUAGAAUUUUUCGCUUGAGUGCGAUGAACGAGAGGUGAUAAUAUAGAUAAUGCUAAGUUGUGAAUAUCUCCAUUUUAAGUUCAUUAAAUUUCUCUAUCCUCUUUUUCGUUUUAGCAUAUUUUUCUGUUCAUUAGUCUAGUUCUGUAGAGUAUUGAAACGUUCCCAUUUUAUCUCCGUUCUUUUUUUCUCAAAUUGUAAAUAUUGUUGUAUUAAUUAGAGGAAAUGUGACGAAACAGAGUAUGGGUUCCGACCAUGUGAUGACAAAUUUUUUGGUACGUGAGAAAUCAAAAUUUUAAUUCUAACAAAAUUUUAACGAGAGUAACAUUUCUAAUGCUGGAAAGGUUUCUAGUUCUCGAAUGUAGAGUCGAAAAUCCCGUGAAGUAAGAUGCAUAUUUAUCCACGUGCGAAAGAAUAGUUCAACAGUCUAUAUAGUGGAUGGUGAAAUGUAUCGUAGACAAAAUAAAACUGUUUAAAAUGUUUCCAUAAAUUUCUCUCAAAACACAUAGAAAAGAAACAAUGACACAGUGUCCUCAUAAAACUGAUCGUUGUCUAUUACCUUGAAAACCUAUAAACCAAUCCCAUUGAGCCUUAACGUCUCCUACAUUCGAAAACCAUCAUGUAGUGUUAAUUCGUGAUAUCACCAACAGGUGAAUGAAACUAGAUUAUCAUCUAAGCAAACUUUACAUUUACCUUCAUUACACAAACACAAAACUCAAUCUGUUAUAACGAAUCAAUAUCAGAGAAAAACAUUGUUUCGAAGCUCAAGGUGGUCGCAAGCUGUAGUUUAAGAUUAUAAAAAUGAUUUCCCAGGAACAACCAAUCAUUCAUUCAUCUCCUUUGAUCUACUGUUAAAAGCGAACGUGGUCGCUACGAGGAAAUACAGAAUCGUACAUUAAAACAACCAGAAACAGAAGUAAGUAACAAACGUGGGCGUAAAGCUUACGAUACACAUACAAUCGCAGAACAAAACAAUAAUAAUAGAAAAAGAGAUAAUUUUAUCCCGUCAUUCAAACGAACAAAAUAACUAUGCAAACUGUGUCAGUUUGGAGAAAUGUAACAAAACAUUUGAUGUUAAAGAACAGAACGUGUUAGAAAGAGGAAUAAACAGGAACAAAUACGAUUAUUAUAGUGACAAAUUAUACAAAACUAUUAUAAACAUG